UCCUUCGUUACUUAACUUCACACGCACCAAGGCGACCCCCAUUAUGUCUAUCCUCAACAUUAUUUCGGACGGAUCGAUAGAUUCCAGUGCCAGUGUGCAAUACGGCGGGGUGCAGGGGUCCGGUGUAGCCCAGCAGGACGACAAGCUCGACGAGGACUUGGAGGACUUAUACAAGAGAAUAAUGCCUAUAGAUACCGACUACGAUCCAGCGCUAUGUCGGGACCAGUUCUUGAAGAACUUGUUUGAGGAUCUGGGUAUCUUCGAUCCCAACGAAGUAGAUAAUGACCCUCUGCUGGAGGUUGGCUCUGUCUCCAGUGCAUAUAUGUUGGCAGGCAAACGGGGGCUCUCACAACCCGCGAAUUGGACCCUAGACAGCUUCGUCCGCAAGCUGAAGCGUAAGGAGACGCUCAAAGCCCUCAUACCCCAGACCAUCCCGAUCCAGAUAGGGGACAAGGUCUUACAGCUGGCUUCGAAAACAGAUCAAUAUGAUGCACUUCUGGAGUCCAUGCAGCGCUCGUCGUUGUUCUUUAUGUUCAGGCGCACAUGCUACGAUCUGCAUAUACUGAAGAAUGCUUCUCCUGAGACAGGGGAGCUGCAUGUGCAGGACCUACCCCACAAUCUGUUCUCCUGGUCGUUGGAGGAUUUCUUUCGACGACGCGAGCUUAAAGACUUUGUUUACUUGGACGUUCUGGUGCGGGACCACACCGCCAACACUUUGGACUGGGCCAAGUACCGGGUGGAUCUUCAGGAGACCGAACGGUUUUAUGGGUAUUUCUACUCUGAGAUCUUUAACGGCGCCGGCUACCGCAAACUACUGGACCUGAUCUGGGAGCAGAAGCAGAUGCUUAUCAUCGACAAGGCUUUGCAGGAGGACCUCGAAAAGUCAAAAGCCUCCCUGGACACCACUAACUUCAAGGCCCGUCGCUAUUCGCAGGCCUGGUGGCAGGGCUACAAGAGCAACAUGGUCGAGGAGCUCCAGCAAAGCUGCAUGGAGGCUACUGUGACGAUUCCCAUCGAGUGCCGCUACCUCUGUGCCUACUACGAAACCCAGGUGGAGUUGCAGCUGAUGAAGGACAACGUGCGCACCCGCCAGCUACAGAAAGAGCUCGAGGACGUCAGGAGGUCCAUCCAGCAGGGAGACGACACUUCGCAAGCCUCCCUCAACACCUACUACGCGAUCAUCGAGGAUUACCGUAAUCGAUAUAGCGAGCUUAGCGAUAAGUACGAUCGGGACAUGGAGCACUGGGAAGACGAAAUACUGCAAACUAACUUUCGCCUGAGCAAAGCUCGCGACGACAUGAAAGAAGCCAUUGAUCAUGUGAUCUUUAUGCGUCGCCGUAUUGCCGAAGUUCAAGCCUUGAUCGAGGCAGAGCGCCAGGAGGAGAUCGACCGCGUGGCCAACGAGCAAGUAGAGCGCCAGAAGGCUGCUGCCAAAAAGGCAAAUGCCAAGCAGCAGAAAAAGAAACAACAGGCCAAGGCCCGGAAAGUCCGUGUCCAGAAGCGACAGUCACAACUAAGCCAGUCCGGCAAACGGACUUGAACACAGCCAUUCCACCGGAUGCAUCCCUCACCUGCGAACUGGAAUAACCUCACACUGCACUGAUCAAAAAUUGUAGUGAUAUUACACACAUUCAUUCCCUAAAUAUAGAUAAAAGCCUAA